AUGGCUUCUAUGACUCCCAAACUACUUGGAGAACUUCUCCAAGAGCAGCAAGAACCUUUUACUCUAGAGGUCUACCUUCUUGAAAGAGGGUAUCAGAAAAACAAAUCCAGUUCAGACCACAGCUUGCGCUGCUGCUCCAGCAAUUCAACCAAGUUCUUGAAGAGGCCUGCUAGCUGUGGUCUAAAGAAGAGAAAGAAAGUUGUUCCAAACUGUUCAAACAUUGUAAAAGCUGUAUUUAACAAGCUUUUAUCCAUUGACAGGAAGUGGACAAAGAAACAUUAUGGGAGUGAUCAAGGCGUAAGUGCCACAGAGAUGAGCAUGAACAACCCAGAAAUUGCAGAGGAUGAUAAAUUCUCAUCCGCUAGCAGCACAACUGUGUUCAAUUCUUGCUCUGGAAGUGAUGUAGAAGAUGAAUAUGAUUUAUCAAAAAAUCAACACAGAUCAUCCACUCCAAAAACCUGCCAUGCCUUGAAACUUGGCAAUCUAGGAAAAGAGGUUGCUACAAAGAGAACAUUCCAAUGGAGAGGUGUCGAAGACAAUAACCAACUCGGGUGCAGCCCUGUGUCCAUGCUAGAAGAACUACAAUUUGAUGAAGCACCACAGAACGCGAACACAGUGCAAGAAAAAAUCUCAACCACUUUCAAGAAAGUAGCUGAUGAGUCCACAAUCCCAGUUUCCCACCUCAAGUUAUCAGUCCAUUCAUCGCCAGAGACGCCAAAUCGGAGUCAUGCUGGCAAAUGCCAGGAGCUCGUAGCUCCGAAACCUUCUUCUCAGUACAUUAAGAACAAGAGGGCAUUGCAGCAACCAAAACAGCUUCUCUUCAACUGUGUGAGGGAGGUGGUGGAUAGUCAUAUAGGAAAGAACAAAAGGUGGCUAAAAUACCAGGAAAUCCUGUGGCCUGAGGAGCUUUGGAUGCUCCUAUGUCAGGAUAUAUGGAGAUGGAGCAGACAAUCAGUAGAUGUAACUGACAUGACCCAUCUUCUAAACUUGGACCUCUUUGCUUCCAAAUCAUGGAGUGGUUUUAAGCAGCACAAAAUGGAUAUGUAUAUGGAGAUUGGAGAUGCCAUUUUAGAGGAUAUCAAGAUUGAGAUUGUGAUGGAUAUGAUCCAAUUUGUUCGACAUAGUAUCGGUUGA